AGUUGUAAAAUUAAGAAAACGUGCUUUUGUUUAUAAAUUUUUCUGAAUCUAAUUUGUUGAUAAGCAUGUCUUUCUUUCCAAGUCCUUGAAAUUUUAUAUACUGAUCUACUCUUUUCUCUUAUUUAGAGAGGAAGCGAUUAAAACCAAACAUUGUAAUAAAAGAAAUUUCAAUACAGUGGAAGAUGAAAGUUAAAUCAAAAAUCGCUACUGAUAUCAAAAGCCUUGUAUUAGCAAAGGCAAAGAUAUAUGCUCGAAAUAAACCAGAAUCUAAGGCUGCUGCUGCUGAUGAUGAUUCAGAAGAUGACUCAAAAAAUGUUCAGAAAGUAUCUGAAGCUGAGAAAGAAAGAAAAAGAGAAAAAAUGCGGUUAAAAAAACAAAAGAAAAAGGAAGCCAGAACUAAAAGUCUUAAAAAGGACACAGAUGAAGCAAAAAAUGCUGCUAUAAACUACCUCCAUGAAUGGAAUUCUUCUAGAGAAUCUUGGAGUUUCAAAAAGAAGCAACAAUGCUGGUUAUUAAAGAAUUUGUUCAAUACAGAUAAUAUUUCAGAUUCAGAUUUUGAAAUUUUACUGAAUUAUAUUAUGGACUUAAAAGGAGCUGCAAAAUCUAGAUUAAUUGAAGAAUGUGAGAAAGUAGUUAAAUUGCAAGAAGAAAAACUUGAAAAUUCAACAGGUGAUAAUGAAGCUUCGAGUACAACAUUCGAAAGAGCAAGAAGUGUUUUGCAAAUUCUUUUUUAAACCGUGUCUUUUUCAUUCAAGUGUUUAUACAAACUGUAACAAUAAAUAUUUAUUUAUUUACUUA